ACUACACAGAACCAUAGAGAUGGUAUAUUUGGUGAAGAGUUUAGAAAGAGAGUUAGGGAGAGAGAAGGAAGAGAACCUAUUGUACAUGACCUUGCAAACGAAAGUUUGCAAAAUGUCAUAAAAACUUACUUUGCAGACAAUGAAAUGAGAAGGGAUGAAUAUUUAAGAAAACUCAAAUGGACAGUACCAAAUGAAAUGUUAGUAUUGAAAAACAUGUUCCAUGACAAAAUAAAACCAACUACAGAAAUAAAUGACGCAAGACUGAAACGUUGGGUAAAAGCUUUCCCAUUCACAAAAGAUAUUAUUGGUUACAUGGAAAGAAAACCAGAAUGGCUACAAAAACAUAUAUUUGGAAACGAGCUUAUUCCAUAUGGACAAGCUCUGUUUGAAGAGCUUGAACCGGAAACUCAGGAAAGAGUCAUGCAAACAAUAAGCGAAGACUCAAAUACAAACUAUGACAAAAUCUUUCUAGGAUAUAGGUUACCUGAGAUGGGCGACCAGAGCCCAAAGGCAAAAAGGACAUGGGAAAUUUACAACAUACUAGGUGAACAUGAGGCAUAG